UGUAAUUAGGACGUGCACGUAAUGAGCUCGGGUAAAGUUGGGGUGCAGCCCGCAGUGAGGUCCUCGGUGGCACCAAGCUCCUCCCUCGGUUCCGGGGACCCACAUAUAGCAGGGAGCGCUCGGCAGCACCCACAUUACUGCCAGAGAGCUGGGAUGCUGCGGAGCACCGGGGUGAUGAAGGCCUUCAUCCUCCUCCUCGGGGUGGGAAUGGCCUUGGGCUCCCUGUACACGGACCCCGAGUCCUGCAAGGGACGUUGCGAGGAGCCCUACAGCCACGAGGACCAGUGCCACUGCGACGCCGACUGCCAGAGCCGCAACAGCUGCUGCGGGGAUUACCUGGAGCACUGCGGGGAGGGUGAGGAUGCGGCGCACAGACGCGCUGCAGAGCGCUUCUCCAGCAGCCACGAUGCCAUCAGCGACGAGGAGCUCCGCCACGUCUCCGAGCAGCUCUACGGGGCGGAUCGCAACAAGGCUCAACCCAACGACAUCGCCAUCAACCCGCAGCACCGGGCUGCCCCCGACGAAACGGGGCUCCAGGAGGAUCGCUCCCCCGAGCCGCUCUACGCAUACGUCAACGAGAAGCUCUUCUCCAAACCCACCUACGCCAGCUUCAUCCGUUUGCUGGACAACUACCAGCGGGCGACCGGCCGCGAGGAGGAGGUGACGGCCGAGGAGCUGCGGGAGCAGGACGUCUUCCUGCAGGAGGUGAUGAAGACGGAGCUCAUGAAGAAACUUUUUGCUUUCCUCCGCGAAAAAAAUCGCUACGGCUCCGAGCAGGAAUUCCUGCAGGAUCUGAAGGAGAUGUGGUUCGGGCUCUACUCCCGAGGCGAUGGCGAGCAGGACUCCAGCGGCUUCGAGCACGUCUUCUCAGGGGAGAUUAAAAAAGGGAAAGUGAGCGGGUUUCACAACUGGAUCCGCUUCUACCUCCUUGAAAAGCAGGGGCUGGUCAACUACUUCAGCCACAACUUCGACGGGCCGUGGGACACCUACCCUGACGUGCUGGGGCUGCAGUUCAGCUGGGACGGCUUCUACAAGGAGGUGGGCUCCGCAUUCAUUGGCUGCAGCCCCGAGUUUGAAUUCGGCGUGUACACGUUGUGCUUCAUCGCCAGACCUGGGAGGGCAUGUCACCUGAGCUUGGGCGGCCACAGCGUCAGCAUCCAGACCUACACCUGGACCAAGUCCACCUACGGCCACGGCAAGAAAUACAUCGCCACAGCCUACAUCAUCUCACCCUGAGCCCACCCGCGUCCCGGCCGGGAGGAAUGGGGCGGCUGCAGCCCCUCUGCUCCGGGGCCACGGGCUGCCCCACGGCUUGGCCCCCACGUGUGGGGCAGGGCUGGUCCUGCCGUGGGAGGUGGAUGGCUGCAGGACCGGUGUGGAGCAGGGCAGCCCACGUGGAGGCAGCAGGAGGAUGGAGGAGGCGGCCCUGGUGCCAUCGAGUGUGGCAUCGCCUGCUGGCAGCAGGAGAGCUGGGGGCAGGGAGGGAUUUGCAGUGGAUGGAAGCAACCCUGAAUGGAAUAAAUACUGAUGCUGGAUGGAA